AUAAAAGUGACAUUAUCGAAUUGACAUAAGAGUCGAAUUUGAAAUAGUUUACUAUUUAUAAAUUAAAAAGAAUACAGCUGUGAUAAAAAAUUUUAUGAUCUAUAACAUUAAUAAUUCAGAUACAAAAAUGUCUAAUAAAUUCGAAACAUUGAAACACCAUGUGGAUGAUGACAGUGGAAGUGGAGACGAAGAUACUGGCCCCACUGAUUUGGGGCCGAUCGAAUAUCCUGCAGGAGAACAUAGGCUACAACAUGCUUAUUGUUUGUGGUUUUCAAAAAGGCCUUCACAGAUACAAGGAUCGCAGGGAUAUAGUCAAGCAUUGAGGUUGGUUGGGCAGGUGGGGACAGUAGAACAAUGGUGGGCAUUAUAUUCCCAUAUGGUUAGAUUACAAGAUAUACCAGCUCAUAGGGAUAUACAUCUUUUUAAAAAAGGUAUAAAACCUAUGUGGGAAGACGCCGCUAAUAAAAAAGGUGGGAAAUGGGUUAUACGUUUGAGGAAAGAACAAGCGGGAAGAGCCUGGGAGAAUUUAUGUAUGGCUAUGUUAGGCGAACAGUUUAUGGCUGGUAACGAAAUAUGUGGAGUAGUAGUAUCAACCCGAUAUCAAGAGUACCUUUUAAGUAUUUGGAAUAGGACAGCUUCUGAUCAAGCCACAACAGCUCGAAUUAGAGAUGCAUUGAAACGAUUGUUAAAUAUACCUUCAAGUGCCACCAUGGAGUACAAAACACACAACGAUUGCCUUAAAUAUGGGGCUGGGAAAACAAUACCAAACAAUUUAUUGAAAAGUUGACCACAGAAGAGAAACUAGAAAAUUAUGAUUUAACAGUUUAUUUCAUUAUGUAUUGAAAAUCUAUUAAGAACAUCAUUGAUUUAUUCCGUUUUUAUUUCAUUUAUCAUGUUUCUGUCUCUGAAUAUAUUUAUGACCCUCGAUUUGGUUAGUGUCUUUUGAAUGAAGUUUUUCAAUAAAAUUGAUGAAAUUAUAACAGUU